UAGCAGAUCAGGUUGACAGUGACUAGUCCCAGUGCAGGGAAGUGCAAGGAGAGGGAGAGAGAGAGAGAGAGAGAUGAGCUUCAAAGUUCGAGGCUACCUCUCAUAGCAGGAAAUUUCGGCGGGGGGGGGGAAGAGAGGAAAGGGAAAAAAAAAGAGAGCUUGCAAUUAAGCAGGGGGUCUCUUGAAGCCUUACCAUUGCAGCUUAUUUCCCAGGGGUUGUUUCCUCCCCCCCCCGCUUUUUUGCAAAAAAAGAAAAAAGAGAGAGAUCAGCCUGUCUUCUGUUAUUUCCCUACUCCUUUCUUCUUUCUCUCCCUCCAAAUUUUGACUUUGGCUUUUCCUUUAACCUCCCGCCCCGGACACCCCCCUCUCCUCCUCCUCCUGUUCUCCCCCAAUGCCAGCCAUGAUAGAGAAGGGCCCAGAGGUCUCAGGCAAAAGAAGAGGCAGGAAUAACACUGCAAACCAGUCCAGCGGCGCUUCUAACAGCUCUGCCUCCGUCGGAGCCAACAACGCUAACAAUGGGAAUAGUAAAAGUUUGGCAGCGGCAGCAGCGCCCAAUGGGAAUGGCAGCAGCGCCGCCAACUCUUGGGAAGAAGGCAGCUCUGGGUCUUCUAGCGAUGAAGAGCAUGGAGGAGGAGGCAUGAGAGUGGGAACCCAAUACCAAGCCGUCGUUCCUGACUUUGAUCCCGCUAAACUUGCAAAGCGGGCUCAAGAGAGAGAGAAUCUUGGUAUGCUGGUCUGGUCGCCCAACCAGAAUAUUUCUGAAGCAAAGUUGGAUGAAUACAUUGCUAUUGCAAAAGAAAAGCAUGGCUACAACAUGGAACAGGCCCUUGGGAUGCUGUUUUGGCACAAGCAUAACAUUGAGAAAUCUCUGGCUGAUCUACCUAACUUCACCCCUUUCCCAGAUGAAUGGACGGUUGAAGACAAAGUUUUGUUUGAGCAGGCUUUCAGCUUCCAUGGGAAAACAUUUCACCGAAUUCAGCAGAUGCUUCCUGAUAAAUCGAUAGCAAGCUUGGUGAAGUUCUACUAUUCCUGGAAAAAGACAAGAACCAAAACGAGCGUCAUGGAUCGUCAUGCUAGGAAGCAGAAAAGAGAAAGGGAAGAAAGCGAGGAUGAAAUGGAAGAAGCAAAUGGAACUAACCCUGUUGAUAUUGAGGUUGAACAAAACAAGGAGAGCAAAAAAGAGAUUCCUACUUUGCAGGUGUCUCCAGUGGAAACAGUUCCUCAGGUCAAGAAGGAAAAGCACAGUACCCAGGCAGCUAAGAACAGAGCCAAGAGGAAACCCCCCAAAGGAAUGUUCCUUUCUCAGGAAGAUGUGGAGGCCGUCUCCGCCAACGCAACAGCCGCUACCACCUUGCUGAGGCAACUGGAUAUGGAAUUGGUCUCCAUCAAACGACAGAUUCAAAAUAUCAAGCAAACAAACAGCGCUCUGAAAGAGAAACUUGAAGGGGGUAUAGAACAAUAUCGGCUGCCAGAGGUUACACUGAAAUUUAAUGCUCGCUGGACCACCGAUGAGCAACUUCUUGCUGUGCAAGCAAUCAGGAAAUAUGGCCGAGACUUUCAGGCAAUCUCUGAUGUGAUUGGAAACAAGUCUGUGGUGCAAGUGAAAAACUUUUUUGUAAAUUACCGGCGCCGUUUUAACAUAGACGAAGUCCUACAGGAGUGGGAAGCGGAGCAUGGCAAAGAGGAGGCUAAUGGAACCACUACUCAGAAACCAGUAAAAUCACCUGAUAAUACCAUUAAAGUGUCUGAAGAAGAAGAUGAGGCUACUUCUGUUUUGGAUGUCAGAUAUACAUCUGCAUCAUGAGAAGCUCAGGUAGCCUAGAACAAUUUUAUGUUUUGACUACUGUGUUAUACAUGAUAUCAGGUAUUAGCAAAACCUCAGACAGCCAUCUGCGUCAUAUCUCCGUGGACAAGCAGCUGUUACCAAAAAGAGAGAGAAUAAAUCACAAACUCAAGGCAAAAAACACGUGUGUUCCUGCGCUGUAUUUGCCUUAAUUUUCUCCUCAUCCCUCCAUACUGCCUCCACUUGCGCUUCUGCAGUUCCUGGGAGAAGUUCUCUGUUGUUCAACAACAUCUGGCUUCAAGCAUUAGCUAUUCCUCAACCAUCUACACACUGCCAUGUAAACCUUUAUGAACUAGCCCUCCUCCCCAAGCUCAGAAGUUGCUUUCUGACAACAGGAGCGCUUCUACAACUUGCUCCCUGAUAGUAUGUAUUCUAUAUGGCCUUGUGUGGUUUCAGCUUAUUUUCUGAUGUAAUCAUUAUUCUUAAGGUGACGUUUUUAAAUCUUUUCUUAAAAAAUAAAAUCAAAUGAAUGAGCUUUCUGUCAAAAAAAAAAAAAAAGGUAUUGUGCUCAUGCCAGGUGGCCUGGCGGUUUCUCUGAAGCCAGGGGACAAGGUGGGUGAAUGUGAUUUCAGGGUUGCAAACAGUAGACCACCACCAGCCUCCUCGCAUGUACAAUUCUUUCCUCGCAGUUGUAUUCAGCUCCUUUUUUUUAGAAAACUCGCCAUUUUUACUUGUGAUUUUUAUUAUCAUUACUGUAAUGGACCUUUUUAUUUAGUGCAAAAGGGAAUGUGCAUUCUGUAACCUGCUUUGAAAUUAUCAUAUGUAUAUACACACAUACACCAUGGCAUUCAAUAUACUUGCGUUAUUACCUCGAAUGCUAACACAAGUGAGGGUGUGUGGUUUUUUUACACUCUAGUCUAGGAGGUUAAGGCAAAACAGCAGCCUUUUCUAUUUGCUUCGGAGUUCUUUUGCAUUUGCUAGCAUCUUGUCAUCUUAAGGAAGAGACCUCAUGCCCCACUGAAGUGAAUGGAGGCUGUACAGUAGCCUUGCUUGGUUAAUUGUUUUCCUGGACAAAGUGCUUGGCCUGCAGUGCAAAUUAGAACUUCAGUCCAUUUAAAUGUGUAUUUAAACAGAGGAGACCACCCCACAGUGUAGUCUCCAAUGCCCUUUUUCCCACCCCAAGAGCUCUUUCUUAUGCUACCCUGGCAGCAUCCAAACUGCUGUCACCUACUUCCUUACAACACUGGAAGCCCUGCCAUGUGCGAAGAGCCAUUAUGGCAAGUUCCACACCAGCACUGUACUUCCUAGGGGCUGGGGUGAAGCUAGUAUGGGAAAUAGAAGAGGUGGAGGCUUCUCCUUAGGGUUCUGACCUCAGCAGCAUGGGAAAUACUAAUGUCCAAAGGAGCACUUCAACUAAAAUAUGCAGGAAGUAGAGUUCUUUAAUACUUUCGUCAGCAAAUUAGUUGUAACAAUGCAAAAUUAAUGUAAUAUUUUAAUCGGGGCUGUCCAGAGAGGUGUGUGUGUGUGUGUGUGUGUGUGUGUGUGUUUUAGUUGAUUUCAUUGUCAGGUUACUUUUAAUGUAGAAAUCAAAUUUAAAUAAAAGUUGCAUCCUCAAUGUUGAUGCUUUUUUAAGGCACUGAGGGAGAUUAAUUUACAGCUUCAUAAACUUACCACUCUUUAGACAGAAAAGCAAUCUUUAAUAGUUUCUUUAUCAUGCCCUUCAUACAGUAACAGCUUCAAAUAUAAGUGCGUGCCCUUCACUUGAAGUCCCACGGAUUUUAAAAUUGACCCUCCACCCAUGAACUGACCUACCAAUUAAAGCUGAUCAAAGCUUGCUGUCUUCAUACAUGGUUUGUUUGGUAUGCUAAAUGCCACCACAAAUAUAUGGGGAAAGAGGUCUCAUCAUAGCUCUUGUUUCCUGGAGUAAUGUAAAUGCCUUAUUUUUAGAAGGGCCUGUCCCUUCUGUUUUGAUAAUUAAAAAUAUAUGCAGUUGAAGCACAACAGGUGGCUUAUUCCAUAGGCCCUGCAUUAGUCUAUGUAAACAUCUUAACUGCUGCUGCUUAGAUAGCUGUGAUGCUUUUAAAAAAAACAAAACACCAUCCUCAUCAUUGGGGACUUCCACUAUGCAUGAGAAGGCAGAAAGAACACACUUUGUCAUCCUUUUCAGUAGCUGAAACCACAAAAGAAUUUCAGCCAGCUGUUAGACAAUUAUUAGUGAUCUUUUCCAAUGACCACAAUAACAGCCCAACCAUCUGCCCAUUUUACCCUAAUUGCUUAGAGCAGCGAGAGGGGACCUGUGGCCCUCCAGAUGUGGUUGGACCAACUCCCAUCACCUCUUGCUGGCUGGAGCUGAUGGGAAUUGUAAUCCAACCAUAUCUAGAAGGCAGCAGGGUCUCCGACCCUAGUUUAGAGCUGGGAGGGGGAACCUUUGGCCCUCAAGAUGUUGCUGAACUACAACUCCCAUAAUCUCUGGCCAUUGGCCAUGCUUACUGGGGCUGAUGGGAGUUGUAGUUCAGCAACCUCUGAAGGGCCAAAGGUUCCCCACACUUGGCUUGGGCUGCAAUCCCAAUACCUGUCUACUCAGAGGUAAGAUCCAUUGGGUUCAAUGGGAUUUACUCCCUGGUAAGUGUGUAUUGGAUUGCAGCAUUAGAGAAUCAGGAACAGCCCCAAGAUCAAGGCUAACUCUAGCCACUUGGAAGUACCUUUUGAACAAGGCUUCAAGCAGCUGCCUGAUAAUGAACUGUAGGAGGCCAAGGUAUAAUGUUACCUGUUUUCUUAUCCAGGUUAAAAACAAACAUAUAGAUCACUCCAAGAAUCACGUAGAACAACGGAAAUGAUAAAACCCUUUGAAAAAUAACACCAGUAAAUCUACUGAGGAGCAGAGGCAUUGAAAAGCACUAGCAUGCAAAUGGUAAAAUCUUAGCCUCCUUCCUUAACUCCUAAGUGACACCUCCUUGUGCCUGUUGAUAUCUGACCCAGAUUACCAUCUCUGGAAACUGUUUUUUAAAUUAUUAUUAUUAUUAUUAUUAUUAUUAUUAUUAUUAGCCUAUACAUAUUGAAUUGCGUGUGUUCCCUGCCAGGCAAGGUUACAAAGAGUUGCUGCUUCCAAAAGUUGUGAUACAGAAUUGGCAUAUUUCAACAGUGCCCUAAGUUGGCUUUGAGUUGCCACCAAGUAAUUUAUUUAAUUUUAAAAACAACCCUGGACUUAAAUAAAAAACAGCUACAGUACUAGGCAAUGUGCAAUUUUAUAAAAAUAAAGAGUUCUCUUAUGUAAAUGUUUUAUAUUACAUUAGCAAAGGAUAUAAUAGCCAGUUUGGGAUGGUUUGAAAUGGUCUGCCUCAAAUCCAUACUGUCUGAACUAAAAUGUAUGAUCAUUGCUUCACAUGAUGUAUAUGUUGCCUAACUGUAUUGUUUGAGAUUGCGGGUGUGGGGGAAUAUUUGAAAGCUCUCCAACACAGAAAACUCUCAUGCUAUUGAGAAUGUUAGGGACCCAUCUGUACCUUUCAUCUAAAGCAGUAUCAUACCACUUUAAACUGUCCUGGCUUCCCCCAAAGAACCCUGGGAACUGUAGUUUGUUAAAGGUGCUGACAGUUGUUAGGAAAUCCCAAUUCCCCUCCCCAAAGUGGUUUAACAGUUAGUCCCUCUUCCCAGGGAACACCCGGAAUUAUAGCUCUGUGAGGGGAAUAGAGGUCUCCUAACAACUCUCACCACCCGUAACAAAUUACAGUUUCCAUGAUCCUUUGAGGGAAACCGUGACUUUUUAAAAUGGUAUGGUAUUGCUUUAAAUGUACAGUUCAGAUGGGGCCAAGGACUGGAAUGUCUCUCUGACAUGCUAGGUUUGCGUCUGUAGGGAACAUUUAUGUAGGGUAACAUUUGAUCUCCCAUCUGCCACUGAAGUGGUGCAGUCCAGCAGGGCUUAUCAUGUGACUUAGCUCUGAAUAUAAGUAUGUUGCAUUGCUCUCUUCAGCAAACCUACCAAACAUGAUCAGAAAGAGAUUGGGUUUUGGCUUGAUACCCUGUGGAAGUCAACAUACAAUCCUUCUACCAGGAAGAGAAAUCAUGUAUAUUCCUUCACCUCUUCACUGCUGUCUUAUUGUAGACAUCCAUACAAUAGACUAGCACUGACUUUUCACCAGUUAAUUGAACAAUGCCUGCAACUGUUCCAUUACGAAACAAGGGGAAAUUAUCUAGCUUUCAGUGUUUGUUUUUUAGAAUAAUCUGGUCUUCUGUAUUGAAAGACUUCCGUUUUGUUGUUCAAGCAUUGUUUUAACUGAGGCUCUGCAUUCUGAUUUAGAAAGGUCCACAAAGAUUACUACAGAAUAUGUAAUAUUCACUUAAAUUUUGUUUCUUUAAGCUGUCAAUGUGAAUGUUAUAUAUAUAUUGCGUAAAAUGGGAAAUUUUAUUCCUUCUAAGUUAUUGUGCAUGAUAGUAUCGCUAAGACAAAGUGGUACUUUUUUAAAAAAAAUAGGUCUAGAAAUUUUAAGAAAUGUAUGUGCGCCAUAAUUUUUACAUUUGUUCUAUUUAAUUUUUAAAUAUGGUUGUGCAACAUGCUAGGAUAUUUUUUUCAUUUCCCCCAAUCUGCUCUCCUUAUCCAUCAGAAUGCCUUGUUACUUGAAUAUUGUAUCCUAACUGGUCUGAAACACAGCAGUCAAACUUCUGUAAGAACCAGGGGGUGGGGGUGGGUAGGGAAAGCAACACAUUCAAUGUAUGUUGUGCUUAAAAUAGCUUCUGCAAAAGUUGCACAGUCAUACGUUUAGUAGUGGCUACAACUGGCAGUGCAGCCAUAUAAGGGUUGUUCUCAUACAUAUUUCAGGGAUUUUUUAGAUGCUUUUUACAAAUUCUCCUUUGGAAGUUUAUACAUCUGUUGGGGAGGGGGAAUUGUGCCCCCUCACCCCACUCCCUGAUCUUUGCGCCACUGCAGGCAUUCAACAGAAAGUGUGGAAGAGACUUCUGCCCAUGUAUAGCUAGGUAUCCAUGGGGUCUUCAGUGUGAUCAGAACCCUGCACAGUCAGGGUUUUUGAUCAUGCGGAACACCCUAUGCAAGUUGUAUGUAUAUAGAUGCCCCUUUCAUGCCUUCUGCUAAGCACACAGAGAUUGGAGGAAAGGCACCUGGCUAUUACCUUAUUCUCCACUCCAUGUAGUCAAUAUAUGCAUGAAGGUGUUAAGGAGGGGUAAGCUCUGCCUUCUCAUCUGCUAGUCAGUGUGUUGUCUGCCUAGCCUGUCCAGCAAUGCCUCUCAGGAAGUCAGGUAGCACCUCCCUGCCACCACCACCCAAAAAAGAGCCAGGUUAGAGUAGAGAACCAGUGGUUUGUUCGAAAGUAAAGCUGCACUUCAGGAGAGAAUCAUACUGUCCUAUUCUACAGCCUCAAGUGGCUCAUUUCAAGAUGUACCAGAAAUGCCAAACAGAAGGCUCUCAGAUCAAAUGCCAGCCAACACAAUUUUUGAAACUUUUGAUAGAUGGGUGCUUAGUCCCAAGCAUGACAUUUACACUAGCCUGUGGGCAGGGAUUGAUGUAUUUUUUUUCCAGCAGCUAAUCCCAUGCAAAAGAACCCCCCCCCUUGAAAUGAAGUAGUUUGUCAUGUGGCAUUGGCAGGCCAAGGAAGGAACGUUGUUUGAGAAAACAAAGAGAAAAAUCUAAUGCCUGUUUGAGUUGCAGAAACUAGCUUCAUUGUUCUUUGAAUCUUGAUCUUUGGUAAAAAUUGUAAAUUUAUUUAGCAACUUUUUUUUUAAGCACAAAAACUUUCCUCAGUUGAUACCCUGGCCAACAAUUUUGAAACCUGGGUAAAAUAUGCUAAAAGCUGGAUAAAAUGUGCUAAUUGUCACUUUAACUCUUUGCUCUUGUUUAGAGUCUGUCUAUCUGUCUCUCUCUCUGUCUCUCUCUCACACACACACACCACCUGUUGCGUACCAAAUACAGUCUGAGCAUUUUGUUAUAGCCUAACUUCCUUACUGUAUAGACGAGUGUUAAGACUUUUCAAUUUUAAAACAAAAACCUGCAAAAUUAGCAAAGUACAAAAAUGGCAUAAGAGAAUAAAACUUUUUUUCUAAGUCUGUAUUUUUUAAAAAAAGCAUUUAGACUUGGACUUGAACCAAGGACAAAAAUCAGUGUCACUAUUUUUAAUGAGUUUUAUUAGCUCCAGUUUGUGUUCUUAGCAUGUUGAAAUCGAUACAUCUUGUGCAAUGCCCUAAAUCCCAAGUAUACUCCUGCUCCCCAGAAAUAAUGCAGCUUUUUUUUCCCCGGGCACAAUCCGCCAUGCACUGAUGCUGCAUAGCCUCUAUUCAUUUCAAUGGGGCUUGCACUAGAAUCCCUCACUUGUAAGCAUCCCUGGAACAGAUGGAAGCUAUACAUCAGCAGUGCCUGUUGGAUAGAGGUCACUGUGGAUAGUAAAGCACAAUUGCAGUGAAAGCUUCAGUUCUAAAGAGAAGGUCAGUAUAUGUCUAUGCAUGUUGUAUAUUAAUGAGUGUUUACAUUCAUAUUCUCAAAUUUAAAUUUAUACUGGAGUGUAUAGUUAUUCCAUUAUGUAGAUUUUAUCAGUUUUGUUGAAUUCUCAUAGACAGCUUACAAGGUUCACCCACCCCCCAUUUGCAGAACUUUAUGAUGUUUAAGGUUAAGUUUGCAAGUAUAAUAACAUUCUGUAUUAGCCUUUGAAGUGAUAAGAUUAUUCAUUGGGGGUAGGGUUUUUUUAAGUAUGUAGUAAUAAUGCUGUUGUAAGUAAUAUUUUCAUGACUCCCCCCAUCGCAUUAUUUAGUACAUUUACUGUGAUGAAUGGUCAUAGAAUUAUAAAACUGCUUAGCCACUGAAAAUAAUAGUUUGGGGGCUUUUCUUUUUCCCCUCUUUGAAUUAUCAAUUUACUGUAAGAAGAAUAAUGAGGAGGGGAGUUCACGAUUCAUUUCUGAAAUUCUACACAGUUCAUUUUUCUAUGAUUUCCAAUGUUUGCUGACAUGAAAUUAAAAAAAAUCAA